AGGUACUUGUAGUUUCGGACAGCUGAACUUCCCGGAGAGUGAGCGGGAUCCCCUCACACGGCCCCGGGUGAGCAGACCGAAGUUUCCGCUCAACAGAUAGCUCAGCUCGGUCACUCUCUCCGGUGGAGAGCAGUCUCCUGGUGUUUACGUACGGGGGAGGACGCACACACAUCUUCUCCACGGCUCAGGUCUUCAAGGUUUUUACAUGAGUUCAAAAUCAGCCGACCAGUGAUCGCUGGAAGCUGGGGAUUGAGUCUUUCAGUUUUUAACCCCCAACACGCUGACAUGGAGGGCUUUCUUCGUAGCAGCUUUUUACUGAGCAGAGUCAUGUCUUCAAAGCAAGCCACGUCUCCUUUUGCCUCUGUGGUCGAUGGGGAUGAUGCCAUGAGUCAGGAGCACUUGUCUUGGGAGAAGGAGGAGAGUGCUGAGGCCCAUGGCACACCACAGCUGCCCCUGCACAGCCUGCUCCAUGGAAAAGCCCAUCCCGAUGAAAUGCAGCAGCUCAGCAGUGUGCCGCCAGAGAGCGAUUGGGACAGCCUGGUGUCAGCCCAACAGCGCAUGGAAUCUGACAGCAAUAAAGUAUGUUCCCUGUACUCCUUCCGGAACAAUUCCACUUCCCCGCACAAGCCGGAGGAGGGGGCCCGGGAGCGAAGUGACCUGCUGAGCGGAUCAGCGUUUGGAACUCCGGAGCGCCGCAAAGGAAGCCUGGCAGACGUAGUGGACACGCUGAAGCAGAAGAAACUGGAGGAGAUGACAAAGACAGAGCAAGACGAUUCCUCAUGCAUGGAGACACUUCUUUCUAAAGACUGGAAGGAGAAGAUGGAGAGGCUCAACACUAGUGAACUGCUGGCAGAAGUAAAAGGUACUCCAGAGAGCCUGGCAGAAAAGGAGCACCAGCUCUCCACAAUGAUCACCCAGCUGAUCAGCCUGCGAGAGCAGCUACUGGCUGCACAUGACGAACAGAAGAAGCUCGCUGCCUCACAGAUGGAGAAACAGAGGCAGCAAAUGGAGCUAGCUCGUCAGCAGCAGGAGCAGAUUGCAAGACAACAGCAGCAGCUUCUGCAGCAGCAGCACAAAAUCAACCUCCUCCAGCAGCAGAUCCAGCAGGUCCAGGGUCACAUGCCUCCGCUCAUGAUCCCCAUUUUUCCACACGACCAACGCACUCUGGCAGCAGCAGCCGCCGCCCAGCAAGGAUUUCUCUUCCCUCCGGGAAUGUCUUAUAAGCCAGGCGAUAACUACCCGGUGCAGUUCAUUCCAUCCACAAUGGCAGCUGCAGCAGCGUCAGGACUCAGCCCCCUUCAGCUUCAGCAACUGUAUGCCGCCCAGCUUGCCAGCAUGCAGGUCUCUCCUGGAGCCAAGAUGCCUCCACUCCCCCAGCCCCUCAAUGCCAGCGGGCCCAUUUCUCCCUCUUCUCUGAAGAAUGACAAGAGUUCCUCCAGCCCCAUCACUCACGUUAAGGAGGAGGGAACACAGCCGCUCAACCUGUCUGCUCGGCCAAAGACGACAGACCUGAAAUCCCCGACAUCCCCGACACAAAACCUGUAUCUCGGCAGUAAAAGCAGUCUGCUCAGCAAGGGUGGUAUCCACAGCCCACUCGGAGGAGGCCUGGGCCGGGGCUCAUCUCUGGAUAUUCUGUCCAGCCUAAACUCCACCGCGCUGUUCGGUGACCAGGACACAGUGUUGAAGGCCAUCCAGGAGGCUCGGAAAAUGAGGGAGCAGAUCCAGAGGGAACAGCUGCAACAUCACCAGCAGAGCAUGGAGGCAAAGCUGUCCGCCCUCAGUUCAGUGGGCCUCAACAACUGCAGAGUUGACAAGGAGAGGGCGCAUUAUGAGAGCAUUGGGCACCACCUUGGCAAGCUGGGUGAGGAAGGAAAGAUCGGCCACAGAGUUAUUGACCUCACCAGGCCAGAGGAUCUUGACGGAGGCGCUGGAUCUACUGAGGCGCGAGUCUUCAGGGAAGCCAGAGGAAGGAACAACAACGAGCCCCACAUUAAAAGGCCAAUGAAUGCAUUCAUGGUGUGGGCCAAAGAUGAGCGGCGCAAGAUCCUCCAGGCCUUCCCCGACAUGCACAACUCCAACAUAAGCAAGAUUUUGGGUUCCCGGUGGAAGUCCAUGACUAACCAGGACAAGCAGCCAUUCUAUGAGGAGCAGGCCCGUCUGAGUAAGCAACACCUAGAGAAGUACCCAAACUACAAGUACAAGCCACGGCCUAAGAGGACCUGCAUUAUCGACGGAAAAAAACUCCGCAUUGGAGAGUACAAGCAGAUGAUGCGAUCACGGCGACAAGAGAUGAGGCAGUUCUUCACUGUGGGACAGCCACCACAGAUUCCCAUCACCACCACCGCCAGUAUGGUCUAUCCCGGGGCCAUCACCAUGGCAACCACCACACCCUCACCUCAGAUGACAUCAGAGUGCUCGAGUGCCUCAGCGAGUCCCGAGCCAUCCAUUCCUGUCAUUCAGAGCACCUACAACAUGAAGCUAGAGCCCAAUACCAUGGCAAACAACAGUGUGCCGGUCAAUGGUGAGGAUGAGAUGGACAUGUACGAGGAUUUUGAGGAUGAGCCCAAAUCAGACUAUAGUAGUGAAAAUGACACACAAGAGCCAGUCAGUGCCAACUGAGAUCUCUUUAAUGGAAAAGGCCAACGCCGACGCAGACACAACACUCAUACAGGAGGAUGCCCAGAGGGCUGGUCUGAUCUGAGGGAGUGAAAGAGCAAAAUAGAACAAAACGACACCACAAAGGUUAAAACAUGUAAAAUAAAUAAAUAACGAUGUAUCAUUUAGGAGCCAGCAUGCAGAUGUGGCUUCAUCAGAAUCAAAAGCUAUUUGGUCUUAAGUGUUUCAGUGUGUAAAACAGUUUGGUUGUGGUUAUUUAGAUUUUUUUUUUUUAUCUCAUUGUUUAUUUUUUCAUUGUGAUCAUGGACAUUUACACAAUUGGGUCGUAGAACAAAAGACAGAACUUGAAAUUGAACAUUUGAUAUGGAUCUAUAAUUCUUCCAGUCAUUUACCUUGUUUUCUUCUUCAAUUAGAUGAUUUUGAUAUAUAUUGCAUAACUGUUCAAGAUGGGGAUAAUAUUCUCACUCAGGUAUAGUGUGCCAGCCAACAGCUUGUGAAUGUUUAUAAUCAAUAAUUAAUUAUUAGUAUUAUCAGUACAAAAUAUUUCAAAAUUCAUACAGAGUGAUUCCAACUUAUUACAGAGG